AUGUCUUUUGCUUUCCGGUCCGCCUCUCGCGCCUUGCUGCCGCGCGCAUUCUCCACGACGGCCGCCUACCAGAAGACGGCCACCGAGACGGUCAAGGACGGCAUCCGAACGGUGGACAAGGCCGUGAGCGGCAAGAUUGUCGACGGCAUCGACGCGGCCGGUAAGCAGGAAAAGUUUCCCAAGGAAGAAACGUUGCAACUGAUCAAGAACAAAACAGAAUCGGCCGGUCAAAAGGUGAAGCAGGCGUCGGAGAGCGCCAUGGGGGACAAGUCGGCCGCCGGCAAGGCGGAGGAACUCAAGGGCCAGGCCAAGGGAGCGGCCGAGGAGGCCAAGGGCAAGGCGAAAGGCGCGGCGGAGGACAUUAAGAAGAACUUGUAA